AUGGCCCCCGAAAGAACAGAAGAUGCGGAGAGCCUCGAAUAUGGAUCGAUUGUGCCCCCCAGGCGGAAACGGCGCUGGCAAGGCUAUAUGAUCUGUGGCAGCAUGUGGGCGUUCACACUCUUAGCAAUUUUCUUAUGCAUAGACCUGGCCCUUGCAAUUUCGCGGAGUCUGUGGGGUUUGGAUGACGACCCAGACAAGAUAUUCGCGAAAUGGGGCCAAGAAGACACAGCUACCGAGGGUCUGAAGUGGUACCCCACGGACUUCCUCAGAGAUGUGCAGCCGAUACCUUGUCACUCACACAAUGACUACUGGAGGACUGUCCCUCUCUUCUCCGCACUCCAUGCCGGCUGCAUAGGCGUGGAAGCCGACGUGCAUCUGUUUGACAAUGAUGACAAACUUUACGUCGGACACAAUGAUGCGUCGCUGACGCCUAAUCGGACUUUGCAAUCACUCUACAUCAACCCCCUCAUGGAUCUGCUGAACCAGACGAAUCCGAGCACACAGUUCUUCAACGGAACUGGCACAAAGCAUGGCAUUUUCGACGCUGAUCCCAGCCAGUCCUUGACAUUACUCAUCGACGUCAAGACAGACGGGGCGAAGACCUGGCCCCAUGUCGUCGCACAACUGCAGCCCCUGAGAGAGAAGGGUUGGUUGAGCUACGUCGAGAAUGGCGUUCGUCAUAACGGCCCCAUCACUGUCGUUGGUACGGGCAACACGCCAUUUGAACUCAUCAUUGCAAAUUCGACAUAUCGAGACUACUUCUUUGAUGCUCCCCUACAAACAAUGUACGAGGACCCAGACAAGGAUGUUGACUCCACAACAGUCGACAUGAAAUACAACUCAACAAACUCACACUACGCCAGCGUGAGCCUUGGUAAAUCCAUAGGCUCGACAUUCCUCGGCGUCAGCGAUGAGCAACUCAAAACCAUCAAGGGCCAACUGAAAGGCGCGCAUAGGAGAGGCCUGACUGCGAGAUAUUGGGAUACACCAGGGUGGCCCAUCGGAUUAAGAGAUGGUAUUUGGCAUACGUUAGUUUUUGCGGGCGCCGAUAUGCUGAACGUGGAUGACUUGAGGAGCGCUGCAAGGAAAACGUGGUGA